AUAUUCCUAGAUCCAUGUAAACUUUGAAUUUAAAAUAAUCAGAUUUAGCCAUCGUUAUUGAAUAUUUUCGGAUAAUCACUGUCAAUAUAAGUAUUUAAUCAAUCAUUCAGAAAAAAUAUAGUUUAAAAUAAUUCCAUUUUGUAUUUUACGCACCUGCGGAUAGAUAUCGAAAACGAGGCCUUCCUUAGCAUUCCACAAACAAAUCGAAUUUUGACAAGGCAGGGACUUAAGGAAUUGAAGACCAGCAAAUAUGCAGUUAAAACACAUAAAAAAUUUGCUUCCGCCUCAGGAUGGGGCAGCGAAAAUAUGUUGCAUUGCUUGGGCUCCAAGUAACCAAAAGAUGGCAGUCUGCACAUCAGAUCGUGUUAUCUUGUUGUUUGAUGAACAAGGAGAAAAAAGGGAUAAAUUUUCCACUAAGCCAGCAGAUUCCAAGUAUGGAAAAAGAAGCUACACAGUGAAAGGAUUGGCAUUUUCUGGAGAUUCCACAAAGGUAGCGGUGGGACAGACUGACAACAUAAUUUAUGUUUACAAAAUUGGAGAUGAGUGGGGGGAUAAAAAGGUGAUUUGUAACAAGUUUGUACAACAGAGUGCAGUGACCUGUCUCAUCUGGCCCCCCGAUCAACCUAUUGUGUUUGGAUUGGCAGAUGGCAAGGUCCGAGCUGCCAACAUAAAGACCAACAAAUCCUCCACCAUUUACGGAACGGAGUCUUAUGUGGUUUCUUUGGCCUCAAAUCCCUCAGGAAAAGGCUUCCUGUCAGGACAUGCUGACGGCGCCAUUGUGAGGUACUUCUUUGAUGAUGAAGGCUCAGGAGAUUCCCAGGGUAAGAUAAGCACACACCCAUGUCCUCCAUAUGCAUUGGCAUUUUCCCAGAAUUCCAUAGUAGCUGCAGGAUGUGAUAAGAGAAUUAUUGCAUAUGGACGUGAAGGUCGGAGCUUUCAGCACUUUGAUUACAGCCGAGAGGAAGAUGAACAUGAAUUUACUUGUGCUGUAUCCAGUCCAAGUGGACAGUCAAUUGUUAUUGGAAGUUUUGACAAGCUGAGAGUCCUUAACUGGAGUCCCAGGAGGCAGAUGUGGGAUGAACCCAAGCUCAAGGAGAUCCGCAAUCUGUAUACCAUCACUGCUCUGGCGUGGAAGAAAGAUGGCUCCAGGGUAACUUGUGGCACCCUGUGUGGAGGUGUGGAGUUUUUUGAUUGCUGUCUGAAGAGAACUAUCUACAAGAAUAAGUUUGAGAUGACCCAUGUAGGACUUAGUCAGGUCAUUGUGAAAAAUUUGUCAAGUGGACAGAGAGUGGUGCUGAAGUCUCACUAUGGAUACGAGAUCGAUGAAGUUCGGAUCAUGGGGAAAGAUCGUUACUUGGUAGCACACACCUCGGACACCAUCUUAUUGGGAGACCUCCAGCACAACAAGCUCAGUGAGAUCCCAUGGCAAGGAUCAGGAGGAAAUGAAAAAUACUACUUUGACAAUGAAAGUGUGUGCAUGAUCUUCAAUGCUGGAGAACUGGCUCUGAUUGAGUAUGGAGGUAAUGAGGUUCUGGGAUGUGUGAGAACAGAGUUCAUGAAUCCUCACCUGAUCAGUGUAAGACUGAAUGAGAGGAAACAGAGGGGUGUGGAUGACAACAAGAAAAUUGCCUACCUGUUGGAUCUGAAGACCAUUGCUAUCAUGGACAUGAUAACUGGGAUGAACAUUGGUCAGGUGAACCAUGAAUCCAAGAUUGACUGGCUGGAGUUGAAUGAAACUGGACGGAAGAUACUGUUCAGAGACAAAAGGAUGAGGUUGAACCUCUUUGAUAUUGAGUCUCAGCAGAGGACUACCAUUUUGAACUACUGUUCUUAUGUACAAUGGGUACCUGGAAGUGAUGUAGUUGUGGCCCAGAACCGAGGAAAUUUGUGCAUCUGGUACAACAUUGACGCUCCAGAGAGGGUCACCAUGUUCCCAAUCAAGGGAGACAUUUUAGACCUGGAGAAAGCUGACGGUAAGACAGAAGUGGUGGUACAGGAGGGGGUACAGACCAUAUCCUACACACUGGACGAAGGACUCAUCGAGUUUGGUACCGCUAUCGACGAUGGGGACUAUGAAAGAGCUGUGGCAUUUUUGGAGACUCUGGAAAUGUCAGCAGAGACUGAAGCCAUGUGGAAAACUUUGAGCAAAUUGGCCAUGGAGGAUAGACGAUUACAUAUUGCAGAGAGAUGCUUUUCUGCUCUGGGUGACAUAGCCAAAGCCCGUUACAUGAAGGAAACAUUUAGACUUGCAGAGGAAAUAUCUAGAACAAAGGGUGGAGAUGGGUUCAAUCAUUACAGAGUGCGGGCCAGACUGGCCAUUAUGGACAAGAAGUUCAAGGAAGCUGAGAGCAUCUUUCUCGAACAGAAUCAUGUGGAUGAGGCAAUGGAGAUGUACCAAGAAAUGCACAUGUGGGAUGAGGCGAUCGAGGUCGCUGAGGCCAAGAUGCAUCCUGAGCUAGAGAACCUACAGAGGAGUUAUUAUCAGUGGUUGAUGAACACCGGCCAGGAGGAGGCUGCAGGAGAGCUAAAGGAGAGAGAAGAGGACUACCUGGCAGCCAUUAACCUAUAUAUGAAGGCUGGACUACCUGCUCGUGCUGCACGACUAGCCAGCAGCAGAGAGGAACUUAUGUCGAAUUCGGAGUUGAUUUCAAGAAUUGCCUCGGCUUUGAUCAAAGGAGAACUGUAUGAAAGGGCAGGUGACAUGUAUGAAAAGAUUAAGGAUGCUUCAAAGGCCAUGGAGUGCUUCAAGAAAGGACAUGCCUUCCGCAGAGCCGUGGACUUGGCCCGCUAUGCCUUCCCGUCGGAAGUUGUGAAGCUGGAAGAACAAUGGGGAGACUAUCUGUCCUCUCAGAAGCAACUGGAUGCUGCCAUCAACCAUUAUAUAGAGGCUGGGGCCACAACCAAAGCUGUGGAGUGUGCUAUACAGUCCCGUCAGUGGCUCAAGGCUGUCCAGAUCCUGGAAAUUCAAGAUUCCUCCAUGUCUGCCAAGUACUACAAACAGAUCGCUGACCACUAUGCCUCAAUUGGAGAUUACGAGAAAGCAGAGCAGUACUAUGUGGAAGCUGGGUGUACUCGCGAAGCUGUGGACAUGUAUAACAAUGCUGGAAAAUGGGAGAUGGCACACAAGCUGGCCUCUACCUACAUGAAAUCUGAUGACGUCUCCACCCUGUACAUUUCACAAGCCCGACAACUGGAAAGUCAGGCCAAGUUCAAAGAGGCAGAAAGGUUAUAUGUCGCAGUCCAAGAGCCUGACCUGGCAAUCACUAUGUACAAAAAACACAAGAUGUACGGUGACAUGAUCAGAUUGGUGAAGGUGCACCAUCCCGACCUUGUGCAGGAUACACACAUGCAUCUGGCCAGUGAGUUGGAAUCUGAGGGAAAUCUACGACAGGCUGAGCAUCACUAUCUGGAGGGUGAAAAUUGGAAAGGUGCCGUCAACAUGUACAGGGGCCAGGAUAUGUGGGAAGAAGCACAUAGGGUUGCUAAGAAUAGUGGGGGAGCCACUGCAGCCAAGCAGGUGGCCUAUUUGUGGGCUAAGAGUCUGGGUGGCGAUUCUGCUGUCAAACUGUUGGCUAAAUUUGGUCUUGUGGACGCAGCCAUUGAAUAUGCUUCAGAGAACUGUGCAUUUGACUUUGCUUUUGAGCUUGCUCGUUUGGCCAACAAGAACAAAUUACCAGAAAUCCAUCUGAAGCAUGCUAUGUACCUGGAGGAUGAAGGAAGGUAUCAUGAGGCAGAGGCAGAAUUCAUUAAGGCUGCAAAACCAAAAGAGGCAGUUCUUAUGUAUGUACAUAACCAGGACUGGGACUCGGCCCAGAGAGUUGCUGAACAGAGUGACCCUGACUCAGUAGCUGAUGUCCUUGUGGGACAGGCUCGAUUUGCCUUCGAGGAGAAAGAGUUUGCCAAAGCCGAGUCCUAUCUGCUACGUGCCCAGAGGCCAGAGUUAGCUGUCAAGUAUUAUAAGGAAUCUGGCAUGUGGCAAGAUGCUCUAAGAGUAUGCAAAGAAUAUAUUCCCCACAAAUUACAACACUUACAAGAUGAAUAUGAAAGAGAAAUGGCAGACAAAGGAGGUCAAAGUGGAAUUGAGGCAAUGGUUCGACAGGCUCGUGAAUGGGAGUCUUCUGGAGAAUAUGCCAGAGCAGUCGAGUGCUACCUUAAAGUGACCACAAAUCUGACCACUGAUAUAAAUGUUCUAGAAAAGUGCUGGAUGAAGGCUGGAGAUCUGGCUUUGAAGUUUUUGGGUCAGGAGAGAGCUCAAACAGUUGCUGAGAUCGCUGGACCAAGACUGACUGAGAUCAGGAAGUUUGAACAGGCAGCAGAGCUGUAUCUGAAUGUGGACAUGAUCAAGGAUGCAAUUGACAUGUUCAUUGCCGCUGAGGAAUGGAACAAGGCCAAGCGAGUGGCAAAGGAGCUGGAACCAAGAUUGGAAGCUUAUGUUGAUGAGCGCUACAAGGACAGUCUCAAACAUCAAGGAAAGGCCGAGCAGUUGGCGAGUGUGGAUGUUGUGGGUGCUUUGGAUAUGUACAUUGAGAAAGGCGAAUGGGAAAAAUGCCUGGAAACAGCUGCGCAACAGAAUUCAAAGGUCCUCCAUAAAUAUGCUGCGUUGUAUGCCACACAUCUGAUUAAGAACAAUGACAGUCGCAAAGCUCUUGAUAUUUACGUCAAAUAUGGAGCACCUGCUAAUGCUCAGAAUUUCAACAUUUACAAGAGGAUAUUUAGUGAUGUUGUAAGCCUGAGAGGCCUAGACAAACCAGAUGGCUACCAUACCUGGGGUGAACUGAGAGAUGUUUUGUAUGACUUGUGUGACAACAUGAGCAAGAGUCCAGAAGCAAAUUCACCGCAGCACGCGGAGUUUGAGUCCAUGCUGUUAAUUGCUCAUUACUAUGCCAAUCGUUCAGCGUUCCAGCCCCACAAAUCUCUCGAAGAAUCUGCAGCUAAGCUGGCCAUCAGUCUGCUGCGACACACAGAUAUCAUACCAGCUGACAAAGCCUUCUAUGAGGCUGGAAUGAUGUGCAGGAGUGUGGGAUGGGAGAAUGCAGCUUUUGUUUUCCUGAACAGAUACCUAGACAUAUCAGAGGCUAUUGAGGAAGGAUCUUUGGAUAUGUUGGAUCACAGUGAUUUCCAAGACACAGAUAUUCCAUUUGAAAUCCCGCUACCAGAGAGACCAUAUCUAACUAACCAGCAGCAUGAGGAAGUUAAGGAAUGGGUGCUGGCGGUCUCCAUGGAUCAGAAGGUGGAGCAGGUGUUGCCAAGAGACGAGCGUAACUGCUAUGAGGCCUCUUUGAUUGCUCCUGACACUGGAAUUCGAUCCGCUCCAUGUGUAAUCACAGGAUACCCUGUGUUGAAAACUCCAAUGGAAUUCAAAAGACCAGGCAAAGUGGCGAACAAGGAUGACUGGAAUAAAAUCAUCAUGGCUGCCAAGGUCUCUCACAGCCCUGACCUGAAUGACAUCCUGAAAUUCAUCGGAGUGUGGUGUGGAUCCACCCCCAAUCCAAGUUAUUCAUUCCAAUAGAAUGAAGACUAAAGUGCAUUUACAAAUGACAGAUAUAUAUUGAAAUAUUUUUGUUAAUUUUAUGACUUUUCAUGUAUGAUUCAUCCGUCCCUUAAAUUUGUGACUUUCUUUGUUCACAUGUGAAUGUUACUUAUGAUGAAAUAAAACAGCCACUAGAAAA